AGUCAUCAGGCACGUUGUAUAGAGUAAAGCAUACGACGUGACAUGGGAAAACGUGCAUUGCAUGAACAACGCAAGGAGUACACGCCCUUCAUUGCGCGCAGGAGUGUUUUGUGCAAUUGUCAAACGCCAAGUCCAUGCUUGCAUCCUUUUAUAAGGGUGUCCUCUUGAUCCUCAAACAGCAUUCCAACCCUUGGAAAGCUUCAUCUUCUCCAGCAACAGCUCGUCCAGAAUGCCUAACGUCCUCGGUGUCAUUGUUCUUGCUCGCAACGGCGACAGACUUGGCUAUGUCCAAGAUCCAAACACAUAUUUAUCCUCUUCGACGCAUCUCACUCCCUUGGGUGCUGUCCAGUCCCACCAGCUCGGUUCCUAUCUCAGGUCAACCUAUCUCAACCCCUCAUCCCCAUCUUACAUCACCGGACUCAACCCCGACCUUGCAGACCCCCGACAGGUCAAGGUUCGAGCCAAAGCCGGCGGAGAAGGCGAUCCAGUCUUCGACUCUACCAUCGCGCUCCUUCAAGGCCUCUUCCCACCCACCCCACGCAACACCAUCGUUCUCGCUAACGAGACCGUCGUCACCGCACCGCUUGGAGGGUACCAGUAUGUUCCCGUCGAGACCGUAGAACCUGGAAACGAUAGGUCUCUCGAGCCAUGGACUUCCUGCCCCGCGUUCCUCAAGCACGUCGCACAGGUCUACGCCUCCGACGAAUUCAAAGCCAAGGAGAAAGAAGUUGCCACUGUAGGAUUCUUUAACACGGUCAAGGACUACGUUUUUGGUCGCGAGCGAAGCCUGAAGAACAUCUGGAACAUCUACGACUUCAUGCAGACCCAACUCACAUACAACCAAACGUACGCCUAUCGCCUCCCCCCCUCGCUCAUUCAUACCGCUCGUGCUCUCGCGAACUUCCACCAAGACGCAGUAUUCUCCGACGACAGCAUCAACGGUAUCGGUAACAUCGCUGCUCGCACUCUUUUGCAUACCAUCCUGGCUUCCCUCGAGCGCAUCGCCUUCGACGGAGACCCGUUGCAGCUCCUCCUCAUCGAGUCAUCCUACCAUCCCUUCAUUUCCUUCUUCCACGCGACCGACAUCGUCGACACGUACCCAGAAUUGAAGGGUAUCCCGGACCCUGCCUCUAGCUUGAUGAUUGAACUCAUCCGCGGCGCACCCCCCGACACACGCGACUUCCUCCGCUUCAAGUUCACCAACGGCUCCCACCCCGCCCAGACCGUGCACGUCUUCGGUCACAGGGGGGACAUCCCCCUCACCGAGUUCAUCUACAAGAGUCAGGACUCCAUCAUCUCGAACAACCGUCAAUGGAGGGAAGUCUGUAACGGCAACUCCGCUUCUGCCUCCGUCUUCACAACCGAAAACUUGAACGUCAACGCCCUCUUGGCUCUUGGCGUGUUCAUCUUUGCCUUGUUUGGGCUUGGAUUGUCGUUCAAGUGGAAGGCGAACAAGAAGAGGGGCGUCAAGCUCGCGGGUGAAGAGACGACCCUCCAAGUGGCGGAGAAAAACGUUGACACUGUUAGCUUGGCCUAGUUAUAUCUUUACGCACCUUUAUCAUAUACGAUCGUCAUGAUCAUCGCAAGCGUUCUUUUAUCUUCAUCAUCUUUCAAUAUUGCCAUAGUUGGAGCGCAAGACGACACGCUGUUGCCUGAGCCGCAAAUGCAGCGAGAAGUAUCGCAGACA